AUGGGAAAGUUCGGGUUUGGCAGCAAGUCUGGCGACGCCGACGAAGACUCGAAUCGAUCAGGACUUUUCGGACGGAAGAAGUCAUCGCAGGCUGGCCAGAACACUCAGAGCGACAAUCCAUAUGCUCAGAACUCUGCCGGCGACUCUUAUUCCGGCCCGAUGACGCCCUACCAGGAAGUACGGGCCCGGCAGGCUGCUGGUCAGCGUCCCGGAGUCGGUCUGCCUUCCGGUCCUCGUGCUGGUGCUGGCGGCCCUCCACCUCCAUAUAGUUCCCAGCAGGCGCAGCAGUCAACUGGAUACGCCUCGGAAAAAUAUGGAAGACCUGGUGGCUACGGAUCUAAUCCGUACGCCGACAAUGCUGCUGCUUUCCAAGCGAACCGACAAAUCUCUACUAGCAAUCCCUAUGCAGCGUCAUCUUCUCUGUCGAAUGGCGCUCAACGCAGCGGAGGCUAUGGAGGAUUCGAAUAUACCAACAAGGAUGAUCUUUUCGGGGAUGCCCAAGCGAGGGCCGCCAAACAGGUCGAAACUGCUACCACAAAUGGGUACGGUACAGGUUCCGCGGCCGGAACUACGGGGCGUUACGGUGAUCCCGGCACAUAUGGAGGUUACGGAGAACAGCGGGAGCUGACUGAGGAGGAGAGAGAGAAGGAAGAACUACGUGCCAUGAAGAACGAGAUCCGGCAGGUCAGGAAUGAGUCUCAUGCAACCAGCAACAGGAUUCUGGAUCGGAUGGAUCAAAUCAUUGAUCAAGCUGGCUCGACCCUCACUACACUGGCUGGCCAGAAUGAACGUCUUGCCAACACGGAGAAGAAUCUCGACAUGGCAUCGAUCCACAAUCGAAAGGCAGAAGAAAAGACUCGAGAGUUGAAGCAUCAAAAUCGAAGCAUGUUCGCCGUUUCUGUGGCAAACCCGUUCAAGUCAAAGCGGCGGGCUGAAGAGCGCGACCAGAAGCUACUGGACCAGCACCGGUCCGACAGAAACCAGCGUGAAGCCACCCGCCGAGAAGCCUUUGCUGUCGAGAAGCAAAUGGAAGACACAUUCCGAGAUCUGAAAGAGAUGGAUCGGCGAAGUCAAGCAACUAGUGAUUCACUUACUGUCCGAAGAGCGGCCAAUAACGCUAAGUUCCUUAUGCCCGAAAGCGACGACGAGGAUGGACCAACCGGACCCCGAAACGGUCCUGGUCCAACCUCUGAUACUGGUGCAAAGGCGCAAUUCGCCGAGGAGGAUGAACAGAUUGAAAAUGAUAUUGACGCCAAUUACGAAAAGAUGGAAGUUGGAAUGACGAAGAUCAAGGCUCUCGCCAUUGCUCAUAAAGAGCAGGUUGAGCACUCGAUUGAGACUAUCGACAGAAUCACAGCAAAGAGCGACGCUGUCGAUGACGGGAUCCGCAUGAACAGGAUAAGGCUCAAGCCCUACGAGUAA